GUCCACCGAGAGUUGUUGGAGGGCAACGCCGAGAAACGAGAGAUCAAGAUGGAAUUUUAUAAGCUCGAUGUCUACGGUUCACCUUCCUCGCGUAAAGGUUCGUUUUAUACGCCACGUAGUGAUACUAUGAUUGGUUCACUCGUCAUCGUUUUCCCCACUCCGCACGAUGGGGGCGAAGUCGUCCUUCGCAAAAACGAUCACGAGUGGGUGGGGGAUUUCAAUUGUCAAAUAAAAAUAAAAAGAUUAUUAGCAUCGAUGUCCGAAUCCUCUCAGCAGCCAUGCGUUGGCUACGUUUCGUUUUUCUCUGGUGUUGAGCACGAAGUUCAUGUAGUCACAUCUGGCCAUCGUGUCACCCUGACCUACAAUUCGUACUUCAGUCAGGGAGACCGAUGCACCUCCUCUUACCCUGUCCACAUCAUCACCGAUCAGACACUGGCAGAGGCCGCCCACGAGCUCACGACUAAUAAUCGCUUGCUACCUAGCGGGGGAUAUCUUGGCAUAGGCCUCUGUCGCCAGAAUCCGGUC